AUGCAGUCUUCGCUAUCAUCUGUGAACGAUCCUCUAUCUAUGCCUCAUUCAAACGCUGACUCAACGACGACACCGGCAUCGACAAACACCGUCAAUUCCGUUAAUUUAGCCCAGGUGGCCCCACAAGAAUCAUCCAAAACCAUGUCGACAAAAAAGAAAGCCAAAUCUUCCAAACACGUUGACCCAGAAUACGUAAAGUCGCCUCGACCAGGUACAACGAGUGGUCACCGACCGACAUCGAGAACCAGUUCUCUCAAGGCUUCGCUCGGUGUAAAAAGCGGCUUUUUAUCACUGCUGCUUUGCUGUACGAGCGGCGGGGCAAAUGCUUUCCGAGAUAGUGGUGAUAAAUCGUCCGUGAGCAGCCAUCCUCGACGAAGCGUUGCAUCAGGAGAUAAUAGAGGAGAACCACCACCCAUUCAGCAUCACCGUCCCGAUACAACGACAACGCAUACCGUACCUGAAAAGGCCCCACCUUCUAUUCCCCUUGUCGAAAAAAAGCCUCAAGUCUCGCGCAUUGUUACCAAUCCUAAUCAGUUACCACCGGUCGAUCCCAAUGAAGAUGUCGCAUCGGAUACGCCCGCAUCCAUACCACAACAGACACCCGAUGAACAAGUGGUCCGAUUGCUACCUCCAAUUGCUUCAGAACAUUCGGGGCUAAAAUGCCUCGUCCUCGAUCUUGAUGAAACAUUGGUGCACAGUUCCUUCAAGGUUAUUCCAAAUCCGGAUUUCAUCGUACCCGUGGAAAUCGACAAUCAAUACCAUAACGUAUACGUUUUAAAGAGACCUGGAGUGGAUGAAUUCAUGCGUAAAAUGGGAGAACGGUAUGAAAUUGUGGUUUUCACCGCCAGUUUAUCCAAGUAUGCCGAUCCUGUUUUGGAUAUGCUCGAUAUACAUAAAGUCAUCAAACAUCGGUUAUUCAGAGAAUCGUGCUAUAACCACAAAGGAAGCUAUGUCAAGGAUCUUUCUCAAUUGGGUCGGAAUCUUUCAGCAACCUUGAUUCUAGAUAAUUCACCGGCAAGUUACAUUUUCCACAAUGCCAACGCUGUCCCGGUAUCCACAUGGUUCAAUGACCCUCACGAUACCGAAUUAUCAGAUCUGGUCACCUUUCUCGAGGAUCUUGCCAACGUUGACGACGUUACACUCAUUCUUGACAACACAUUGCAUCCUACCGCACGUUCACAGUAA